CCCGUCGCUGCCAAACCUGCCAUUUUAUUUCGGCUGAGUUUUGUUGUCAUAAUAAUUUAAUGAAAUUAUAAAAUAAUCUUUACAUAAUAACUUUAAUAGUACAAUGUGGCACAGCGUAUAAUUAAUUUUCUUAGAAGUUUUAAUUCAAAAUAUUAGAUUGAAAUUUGUUUACAUAUCCCGUUAAGUGGUUCAUUGUUUGAAGGAUACAAUCGAAAAGAAAGAGGUCUCAGCAUCCCGCAGGGGCUCGUGAUGUCAUAAAUUGAACCCGAACGAUGUAAGGAUGUCGCGCGUACUGAGCGCGCUGAACGGGGCGCUGCCGGACUCGCGGCCGCUGCUCUCGCUCCAGAUAGUGGAGACUGUGGCCAAGUGCCCCGCGGGCUAUGUGGCCGUCAGCCGGACCUACGACGAGGACGCCGACGCGGGCCUGCUGCGCCAGAACGGGCUGUUCGGCAAGAAGCCCACUCACUACAUCUGCCUGUCCAAGUCUGAAGGCGUGCCGGGCUACGUGAUGGACGGUAUAGCAGUGGUCGGCGAGCGCGAGGCGGCCCCGCCUGGCUACAGUGUGGCCGGGCGGGCGGGCAAGCGGCGCUUGUGUACACGAGUGUCAAGAGGGGCAGUAGAGCCGCGCUUGCCACCCGUGACGGACGUGAUCGUAUGCUCGCGGAUGCGGCAGGCGCCGCGAGGAUUCAUAUUAGCCGGUGAGAUAAACGGCAAGAUGGUAUGCUACAAAGUCGGCGACGGUAGCGUCGAGUCCUCGCCGACGCACACACAGAAUGAGUACGAGAACGUCGUCUCCAACACUACUCCUGAGGCCAAUAGAAGUUCUAUAUCUUCGAAACUGUAUCAUGACAUCUUAGUCUGGACAAAUAGAUUGCGAGCGGCGCCCGAGAGGCCUCCGAAGCUGUCCCCGAUCAUAUCCGACUUGAAAAACAUGAACGUGAGCGCGUACCCGAACAUCGAGGACUUCACCACGGGGCACGACUACGAGGCCCUGAGUCCCUCUUACAACAUCAAGCCGGCGAGGCCGGCGCCCAGGCCUCCAUCGACGGAGCCCCCGGUGACGUCGCCGCCGCCCCCGCACCGCAAGAAGGGCCCCGCGCCGCUCCCGCGCAACAACUACCAGACGCUCGGCGGGUACAGCGGGCUCGAGGGCGUGCCCUUCGUGCUCAACUCGAGGCUCCGGGGGCUGCCCGACGACGCUCUAACUCAGUUCCCGAUGAUCAAAAAGCGCACUCGCUUCGAGCUGGACCGGGACUAUUCAUACUCCUUCACCGCGGAACGGCAGACGUGAGACGACCAGAAAAGCACCUUAAACACGGGCAGACAAGGCUCAGUUUGACAUGGCGGCAUUUUAAAACAUGAUUGUGAAGUAGGUACAGGUACAUAAGAGACUGAAAACCAAAUCUGGUGUUGUUGAGCAGUAUCGUAUAUGAUACAUCAAUAUUCUGUCUGUAUCAUAAAUGAUACAUCAAAACAAAGCACGCUGAUACGCGUAAUUAUUGAAGGUAAUGUUCUAUAAUAAAUAACAUAUUUUACGAGUAAUAAUUAAUAAUGGACUUAGUAGUAUUUUAGGGUUUCGUUUCGGUUUUAAAAAUCGAGCACAUGUCGGAAUUUACGAGCGUAGCCAUGCUGUUUUUAUGAUACUUGUGUAAAUGGAGUUGGACCAAGCUAACUCUGCACAUACUUUGUUUAUUGUUUUGUGGCACUCCCAGACUUUUGUCACGUCAAAGUUCACGAGAGUUUGCUUGGACGGACUCUGUCAACAACCUAUUGGUUUGAUAUUACUGAGGCGUACCGCGAAACACGAUAAUCGAAAUUUCGUUAUCUGCCUGUCUAUGACUCUUGCGUAUUGGAGCGAUAGAGAGACAGACAAUGAAAUUUGGAUUAUCUCUCUGAUUUGGAAACUUUCCAAAAUUGAGAAAACACAUUCUCAGAAAUUUCUCAUAUUUUUGUAUGGGAAUUGAAAUUUAAAUUUUCCAUUUUCACACUGAGAGUUUCCGAUGUUACCUGUAAAAAAUUCCCGAAAUUUCCUGGAAAUGUUUCUGAACUUUUACAAAAAUGUGUGCACAUGUGUAUAAUACACAUUGUAACAUAAUCGAGAAAAUAAUUGAAUACAUAAAAGACUGGCGGGAAUGAAUUGGGGGAAGGUUUACAAUUUUACAUUAUUAUGUAUUGUUAUUAUAUACUUAUUGUACACACAUAGAAUGUAUGAGUUUUUACAUCCCUUUUGUACGUAUCGUGGAGGUUGUAGAAUAUAAUGUAAAUGGGUAGGUCAGGUUUUUUAUAAUACACCGAUUUUAUUUGACUGAACUAAAGUGUCAUGGGGGUUUGAUCAUCUAAUAUUUUUACAUAGAGGUCGUCAAAUGACACUCUUACAGUCCGCAACAUUAGUUGCUAAGCGGGCGAGGUGUUCAUAAUGAU